AAUCGUUUCGUUUCACUUUCCGCUUCGCUUUCCUUUCACUUUGCGCCGAGUGGACCGAGCAGCAUGGCAGCCAACGUGUCUGACGCAAUGGAAUCUAUGAGUUUAGGCGACCACGAAAAGGCAUGGACCUUUUAACAGUGACCCCGAUUUUCUGACGCACUCGCGCCUCGUAAUGUUGGUCCCUUCAUUUCGGCACGUUUGUGCGAAACGCUUUGGUUACCACCUUGUCUCCGUGCGUGCUUCAUGCCGGGUCGGCAAGGCUGGUGCCGGCAAAGCGAAAGCUGAGGUCAGGGCGCCUGCCCAAGAGAUGAAGCCGUGGCCCGGGUACAUAGAGGAGCGCAUCCGCCUCUGGGACGAGCUGAAGGCGAAGCAUGAUCGGGAGCUGGCGGCCCGGGCGAGCGAGCCGAUCAAGGUGACCCUGUUGGACGGACGGGUGCUGGACGCACAGUCGUGGAAGACCACCCCGUACACCCUCGCCGCAGAGGGGAUCAGUAAGGGCCUGGCUGACAGCGUGGUGAUUGCCAAGGUGGAUGGCGUGUUGUGGGACCUGGACAGGCCCCUGGAAGCUGACUGCUCUCUGCAGCUCCUCAAGUUUGACGACCCCGAAGGGCAGCAGGUGUUCUGGCACUCGUCCGCCCACAUCAUGGGGGAGGCCCUGGAGCGCAUCUACGGGGGCUGCCUGUGCUACGGUCCCCCGAUCGAGGGGGGCUUCUACUACGACAUGCACCUGGACGGGGGCCAGGGCGUCUCGGCCGUGGACCACCCUUCCAUCGAGCAGCUCAUGCGCUCCAUCGUCAAGGAGAAGCAGCCCUUCGAGAGGCUAGAGCUGCCCAAGGAGGAGCUCCUGCGCAUGUUCCAGUACAACCCGUUCAAGGUGCGCAUCCUCCAAGAGAAGGUGACCACCCCGACGACCACGGUGUAUCGGUGCGGUCCCCUCAUCGACCUGUGCCGGGGACCCCAUGUGCGCCACACUGGCAAGGUCAAGGCCCUGCAGGUCACCAAGAACUCGUCGGCCUACUGGGAGGGCAAGGCGGAUGCGGAGGCGCUGCAGCGGGUGUACGGCAUCUCCUUCCCGGACGCCAAGCAGCUCAAGGAGUGGCAGAAGUUCCAGGAGGAGGCCGCCAAGAGGGACCACCGCAAGAUCGGACGGGAGCAAGAGCUGUUUUUCUUCCACGAGCUAAGCCCUGGGAGUUGUUUCUUCCAACCCAACGGUGCCUACAUCUACAACACCCUGGUGGACAUGAUCAAGGCUGAGUACAACAAGCGAGGUUUCCAGGAAGUGGUGACUCCCAACAUGUACAACAGCAAGCUUUGGCUCACCUCUGGUCACUGGCAGCAUUACCAGGAUAAUAUGUUUUCCUUUGACGUUGAGAAGGAAACAUUUGCCCUCAAGCCUAUGAACUGCCCUGGUCACUGCCUGAUGUUUGACGUGCGACCGCGCUCCUGGCGGGAGCUGCCACUGCGGAUGGCGGACUUCGGGGUCCUUCACCGCAACGAGCUGUCCGGGGCACUGACGGGGCUCACCAGGGUGCGCCGGUUCCAGCAGGACGACGCCCAUAUCUUCUGCGCCUCCGAACAGAUAGCGUCUGAGAUGAAGGGCGCCCUGGAGUUCCUGAAGCACAUCUACUCCAUCUUUGGCUUCACCUUCAAGCUGAAGCUGUCCACCCGCCCAGAGGGCUUCCUCGGAGACAUAGAGGUCUGGAACGACGCCGAGAAGCAACUCGAGCAGAGUCUGAACGACUUUGGUUACCCGUGGACUCUGAACCCCGGGGACGGAGCUUUCUAUGGACCCAAGAUCGACAUCACCAUCAUGGACGCCCUGAGGAGGCAGCACCAGUGUGCCACGAUCCAGCUGGACUUCCAGCUCCCCAUCCGCUUCAACCUCUCCUACAUCAGUGAGACUGGAGAGAAGAAGCGGCCAGUGAUCAUCCACAGGGCCAUUCUGGGAUCGGUGGAGCGCAUGAUCGCGAUUCUCACCGAAAACUAUGGCGGCAAAUGGCCGUUCUGGCUGUCGCCACGGCAAGUGACCAUGGUGCCCGUGGGCCCCAUGUACGACGACUACGCCCUGGAGGUGAAGCGGCAGCUGUGUGCCGCCGGAUUCCGCUGCGACGCCGACCUGGAUCCCGGCAACACGAUGAACAAGAAGAUCCGCAACGCCCAGCUCGACCAGUACAACUUUAUCCUGGUGGUGGGCGAAAGGGAGAAGACUUCCGGCACUGUGAACGUGCGCACCCGCGACAACAAGGUGCACGGCGAGUUCUCCGUGGCGGAUGUCAUCGAGCGCUUCUCCCGGCUCAAGCGGGAGUUUGUUCCCGACUCGGAGGAAAGCUUCUGAAGUGGCUUCCCGAUCUCAGUGAAUAAAGUGCACCGGCACAGUUUUACUUA